GGCGGAGUUAUUGUUUAUGUGAGUGAGGCGGCUGCAGGUUCUUCGAUCGCAGACAUGAACCUUCUUUGGGAAUCAGUUUCUAAAACUUUGGUAUAUUUCGGCCUCCUUACAAGUCAUAUUUGUGGACUUGGUUCUGAAAAUGGCGGUGUUGCUGCAGCAGGCAAUUCAAGAAUGCCGAUGUCAAAUCUGGGUGCAAAAUUGAACGUUUUCGGUGUUUUUUCAAAAGACAAUAUUUUAGAGAAGAGUGAUUCGAUUUGGAUGAAGUAUAAAACCCAGAGCGAAGAAUCGAAGUUGAUGCAGCUUUUAGUCCCAAGGGAUGGAAUCAAUGACUUCACACACUUGAAGUUGAAUACGGUUGCCAAAGUGGGACGGAAAAAGCGUUCUUAUCAGUCUUUUCCGUCGCAGAGAUAUUAUCCACCAAUACCACCUGAAAACAUUCUAGUUGUUUGCAUGGGUGCUCCUCUUCAGUACCUCAAUAAAACUGCUUUGAAGGAAGCAUUUGCCAGCUAUUUGAAAUUGCCUGUGGAAAAUGUCUGCAUAGAUAAAAUAUUGAUUCGGAAGAACAUGGUAGAGCUGUACUUUGUAAAGAGGGGUCAUCCUGUGGAUUUCUUUGAUGUGGAUAAGGACUUGAUUCCAGUCAGUGAUAUCAAACACCCAGAUCUGUUGGAAUACCUGCAGAAAAGAAUCCCAGCUAUGAACAUUACUAUUGAAACAAGCCAGCAACCAUUGAUAACUUCAGCCAAAUUUUGGACGGAGAGCUACUUCCCCUACUUAGCAGCUGCGUGUAGUGUGUGUUUAGUCCUUGUCAUGGCAGUUGUGAUUUUCUGUUGCUGCCGAAAAAAGAACAAAGAUGAGCAGGUUGAAGAGAAGGAGGAAUACUCUGAGCCCCAACAGGUGUUCUACCCCUCCCUGAAGCCCCAGCAGAUCUUCUACCCCUCUAUCAAGCCCGAUGUCAAACACCCAGUGAUGAUACAGCCAGAAGGGAGUCCUGUGUUUGUUACCAAGGGAUGUGUAGCUCCUAUACAAACUCAAGCCAAGAAAAUCAAAGCCAAAGGCCUCUUAGAACGAAGAGGAUCAAGUGCUUCACUAAAGAUUGAUCUGAAAGCUGCUUCCCCAGAGAUGAAUCGCUGGGAAGGAACUCCACCCAAAGAAGGUACUGGACUUGAGUUUUUACUCACUGCUGGGAAUAGAUUGAGUCGCAGAGAUCUACGCAAUGCUGUCAAAAAUAGUAGGGCUCUUUAUGAAGAAUUUUGGGAAAUUCCAAUGAAUCACCCAGAGAAGGUUUAUGUCGCAGGAUCAGGAAUGAAGAACAGAUAUCGAACCAUUAUUCCAAAUGAGCACAGCAGAGUUAUCCUUCCUGACAGUGAGUGGGAUCCACUGUCCUCUUACAUCAAUGCCAACUACAUCAGAGGAUAUGAAGGAGAGGAGAAAGCCUACAUAGCUACACAAGGACCAAUGUCUCACACUAUUGUAGACUUCUGGAGAAUGGUGUGGAUAGAAAAGUCACCCAUCAUUGUUAUGAUCACAAAACUCAAAGAAAAAGCCAAAACAAAAUGUGAGAACUACUUACCUGAAGACAAUGAAACUUGGUGUGCUUUUGGAGAUAUUGAAGUGAAAGUAGACAGAGUCAUCAAUAAGCAGGGUUACACCCUUAGACACCUUUUGCUUAGGAGCCAAGGAGAGGUACAACAUGUUCUACACUACUGGUAUACUGCUUGGCCUGACCACAAACCAACCCAGUCUCCUCACAUGUUAUUACAGUUAAUUCAGGAGGUUGAGUUCAGACGGUAUAGGGGGGAUGGUAGCAGAGCCAGAGGUCCAGUUAUUGUACAUUGUAGUGCUGGCAUUGGGCGGACGGGCUGUUUUAUCGCAAUCAGCAUUGGUAUAAGACAACUGAGAGAGGAGCAUUCUGUGGAUGUGUUGGGUGUUGUGUGUAACUUGAGAAGUGACAGAGGUGGAAUGAUACAAACCCAUGAACAAUAUGAAUUCGUUCAUCAGGCUCUGUGUGAGUAUGAAAAGGACUUGGCUGAGCCAGUCUCCAAUUGCCAACCAAAUCAAUGAUGCUGAUACCUGUGUUAAUAUUCAUUGAACACUUUUGUCAAGAAUCUCUUGGUCUAAGAUGGGCCAAUUCUGCCAAUAAAGUCACAAGCAGGGAACACAUCAGGAACAGGUUGGAAAACUUGCAGGAAUGCCAGCUGACUGUUGCAAAACAUCUAAAUGAUGUUUUAGUAUAUCCUGUGGUUGUCUGUUGAAGGUUGAAUGUCAGGUUAACCAUUAAUAUUGCUAUGUAUGAAUAUUGUUUUGUCAUGUCUCCUGUUAGAAGGGAAAUAAUGUUUGUUCCGUUAAGUUUUUAAUUCUGUAUAUUAAGAAUGGGCAUAGAAAACUACGCUGUAAAAUUUAUGUACCUGUGAAGGUUUCUGUUCUAACAUGUUGAUGAAUUAUAUUGGUAUAUGAUAUAUCAUAUCUGCUUUACUAGGCUCAGAUGUUGUGCAAUAUCAUUUGUAACAGAAAUUUUAUAUCUAUACAUGAGAAAUCUUGUUAAUUGCAGAUGCUGUGAAUUUUUUAUUUUUGUCAUAAUUCUCAUAUAGUACCAUAUAGGAUGGAUCAACCCAUUUUUUUUUUAUUUUAAAAAAUUACAAGUCAAAUCUUGAAAUAGAAGAUAGAGGUUAAGAAGUCUAUUACACCUAUACUAAAAUUUUCUCAGAAAUUGGUGAAUUUGCUUCUGUUCAAUAUUAUAUUUGAAUAAUGAUCUUAGUAUUAAAAUAUACAAAUAUUUGGCCCUAAAAUGUAGCAGGGCUAAAUGAUGGUCAAAAUUCAUCAGCAUCAGGAAUAUAUGAGUUUGGGGAGAGGAAUUAUUUUAAAUUUAAAUCCUGUGUAAUACAAGUUAUUAAAAUGUGUAGCAAUUAACCAAAGUUAAUUAUGUUAACCAAUGACUUGGGGAGACAAAUGGCAAUCAUGUUAAAAUUAUUAGUGUGUAUUUUCAAUUUUUUAUUAUUAUUUUUUUAAUGUUGAUUAUGAUGAUCAUUAACUACAACAAUUUUGAGAAGAAUUUUUUUGUGUACAUGUUUUCAGGACAUUGAACACUGCUUUAUAUUCUCAUUUUUUGUCAUGAUAAUGGGAGUUUUGUUUGUGUUUAUCUGACAAGUUCAGUUGGAGGUCUUUAUGUUGGUGUAUUUUCCCAGGAGCCAUGUUGUUUUCUCUUCUUUUUUUUUAACUCAAAAAAAUCUCUCUAGUCACAUUUUUAUCUGUUUUUAUCAAUGUCAUACUCUCUAUUAGACUUACUGUGUUCAGUUAUGGUACAUUCUUUUUUAGAUGCAGUUUGUACUAGCAUUAUGUACAUUUAUCGAUGUGUCAUGUUUAGAUAUUUAUUGUUGGUGCAUGAGGCAUAAAUGGUGAUCUUUAGUUUACGUAUUAUUCUCUUAACACCAAAUUUUUCUUGAUGACAUAGAUGCAUUUAAUUAUAAUCAAUGACCCAAAUGUUAUUUUCUCUGGACUCACGUAAGUCAAUCCUCAUUAUUUUUAACUUGAUGGGAUUGAAAAAAAACUUUGAUACAUUCAAGGAUUUGAGAUGUUGAGGUUAAAAUACAUUUUAAAGGAAAAGUGGUUCAGACUUCUAACUCACUUUGACAUAUCCAUAUUAUUGAGAUAUUGAUGUUCAAGGUACCGAAGUCCAACUGAAGUUUUUAUCAUAAAAUUGUUUUAACUGUUCAAUCUCUUUCUCAUUUGACUUUGAUGCUUGACCUAGAACUAUUUUCACAUUUUUUGUGGUAACACAGCUGUGUUACGAUUUAUUUUUUGUUUUGUUUACUUAUGCAUUCUUAUUUGUAUACAGUUAAAAAUACCAGUAUAUGAGAAAGUGAAUCUUAAUGUUUUGAAAUUUAUCAGAUUUCCAUAUUAUGAUAAACAAAAUGGUCAGUUAAAUUCCUCAAAUUCAACUCUCCUUGUUUACCAUAUAUUUACAGCUUUGUUUGUAUAUAUUCCACACAACAAGGUUUCUUUUUUGUUCCCCAGUAGAUAUCAUUGUUUCUUUUCUUUAAAGUAAAAUUUACACCUUCAACAAGGAUCACUUUGUCUUCAUAAUUUUUUUUGCAGACUUCCCACAAAAAAAAAAAUGAGAUGCAUGCAUCUUGUAGCACAAGGAAAAUUAUUCUAUACAGUUCCUGCAGCUGAAAUAUUUUUGAUCAUAUGCAACAGAAAAUAAACAAUUUAAUGUUUGCAGAUCUCAUUAUAAACCUACCUCACUAUAAAAAAUACAGCUUUUUCUUUUGAAUUUAUAUCUAAGUAACUUGUUAAAUUUGGUUGAGUACAUUUUGUUUAAACUUGUAUACAUUUUUUAUGGAAAUCCAUUUUAUCUAUUUCUUUCAUUAGUAAUGAUCAAAAUCUGUUAAUGAUUUUCAUAGUGGCUGUCUCAAAUUUAAGUAUAUUUAUGGUACUAGAAAGAGUUCACAUGUGAUUUCAUUUCUUUUCAAACUUUCCUAAGUACUUGUUGUGUGAAGUAUUGAGAAAUUUUCUGAAAUUUUAAAUGUGAAUGAUGGGUAUUUUUUUGUAUGAGGAUGAUGCAUGUAUGUACCAUUCCAUUCAUCUGUGCAUCAUUAUUUAUACUAUUAGCAGGGUGUGAAUCUAUGAGAGACCAAGGUCAAAAUUUUUGUGUCACAACUACACUGGAGGUAUAAUAUCUUUUUUAUUUAAUGUGCUCACUGUUGUCUUUUAUAUCAUAUACUGGUUAUACAUGCGUUUACAUUCAUAUCACCACCGUUACUCUGUAGAAUCAUUGACGUCAGGGCCUCUAUUUUAUACAAAGCUCUCAUAAUGAGAUGCAAUCAAAUUUUUUUUUCCGUUUCCAUCUAAUCACUCUUGCAGGUGUUUGUAAUUUUAUAGCUUGAGUAACAAGAUGAUUGCCAAAAUCAUGAUAAAAAAAUAUUCCAAAAAGAUUUUAAGUCAGUUUUCUAUAAACUGUUGCAGUUUCUUAUCAAGUUGAAUAAAGUUAUUUUCAUUGAGUCAUCUUAAAAACAAAUACACUGUGCAGUAGAAUACACUGUAGUUUAUCAUAGUGUUCUAUCAGUUAGUGCACAAAUGAAGAGAACAUUUUAUAUUUUCGUCAUGUUACUGUGUGUACCUUCAGCUUUAUGACAGAUUGAAUGUGAAGGCUCAUUAACUGUGAUAUCUUUGUGAGUAGAGUGAUAGUUUUACUAUUUGUUUGUUAUAAACUUAUGCCUUUGUGCAAUAAAUAUCUCUUGUGUAAA